CUCAUUCUCUGGGUGCGCAGCCGGUGGCAUCGCAGGGGCGUUGGCGGAAGCCCCCGGGGGCCAGGAGGGGGCAGGCCUGGGCGGGGCUGCAGAAUCACGGGCUCCUGUUCCCCGCAGGGUGCAGGAGGAGUAAACCCGUGGAGCAGCUUUUCGGCUCCCCAGUUGCGCGUCCGGCGAUGGCGAUAGGAGGUCCUGCUGCGCUCUCUGUGCCGCUUGGUCUACACUAGCCGCGCAGCGCUGUGCUCACUUGGUGCCGCCUUCCAGGGCACCCCGAUCGCCCCCCAACGACCCCUUCCCCUGGCCUCUCGGCCGCCUCCCCCCCCACUCUACCUUUUCCAAUCCGGGGCACCUUCUUCCCCGGCUCAGCUUACUCCCCCUCGGGGAGUCCAUUCCCCCCCUGCCCAGCUCACUCUCCCUCCGGGGAGCCCUUUCCCCAACCCCCGCCCAGCUCACUCUCCCUCCGGGGGCAUCCGCUCCCCCCCGGGCCCAGCUCCCUCUCUCCCCGGGGCACCCGCUCCCCGGCCCGGCCCAGACCACCCAGAGGCGCAGCACGGAGUCUCGGCGGCCCAUGGCGCAGCCCACAACCUCAGCCCAGAAGCUGGUGCGGCCCAUCCGCGCAGUGUGCCGCAUCCUGCAGAUCCCGGAGUCUGACCCCUCCAACCUGCGGCCCUAGAGCGCCCCCGACU